GGGGAUGACAAAGCCGGCUGAGCGGAUUGUUGAGAAACCAUCCGGAGCGCAGAGGGGCCAGUCUUAUAUACUGUUUGUCGACCAUCCCCCAUAUCACGGUCGCCGAGUACAGAUUGGCAAGUGAAGCGCCCCUCGUCGGGAGCCUGCGCGGCGUGCGGUGCAGGAGUGUUCUAUAUCAAGGCCAGCGCUCCACACUUUCCCGGCGCAGCGCUCCUGGCGAGGCGAGGGCGAACAAGGAGGGCACGGUCCCUAAAGAUGCGCGAAGCCUCGCGAACGCGGCGAAGCUGGUGUGCGGGGUAGACACCGCGAUGGGGGUGGUGACGCCAUUCGGCCCCGUGCGGUUGCCAUGGCCAUCGUCCGGAUAUGGAAGGUGUUCAAGAUCGUCGGCUUUGGCCCCGCGCCUCCUACCAGAGACGUCCCUUUGUUGCCUGCCACGAUGUUUGACCCAUGUUCGUUGCUAGACGAAUUUCCCUCGGUCUGGCUAGCUUGCAGUACAGGACCGUGUAUGCGCCACCGGCCAACUCCAAGCACGAGUAAAGCGCUCUUCAGCGGAGGGUCACAACUUGUCCCCAACUCCCGCCGAUCCUAUGCUAGCCAACUCAGGAAGGGCCGAGAGCGCCCAUAACGAGCGCCAAGGUUAAUCGAAUGUGGUCGCAACUUCUGACGAUCCCGACAUGGGCCUAGUCACUUGUUCAUCGUCCGCCCUGCUGACGUGCUACUGCUAGUCCCGUAAGCAACGCUCUAUCGGCUCCGAAAUUCUUUAUUUUGGCGAUCGCAAAGCUUCCCCAACUUUCCAGGUCGUACCUACCUGUGCCCCGAGGCCAUACACAGUCGGAUGCGU